GAGAGCGCGAGCAAGAGGGACACAGAUGGAGAUGGAGGAGGAUGUGAUUAGAAUGCUUAGAAGCUGAGACAAUAUGUGAAAACGUUUGAAAAAUUUCGCGCUCUGUGACAGUUUAAGAUAUUUUCGUUGUAUCUAGAUAUUACUAAAUAUCAAGGAAGGGGUAAAUAUCGUUAAGUGAAAGAUGAUAGUGUAUCUUUAUUGAAGCGAUAGGAUGCUGAGGUGACAGGCGUAUGGCUGAAUUUAAGCAAGCUAGUCCGCCGUAUGUUGAAAAGAAAGGCCAAAAUAGGCGGUGUGAAUGAAAGAAGAGGGCUUCUCUCUUGGAUGGACAUGUUUUGAGAGGUGUGGUGGAGGGAUGAAGGCGGUAUUGGCAUCCAGACGGCAGCGGCUCUUCUAUCGGCUCUUCAUAUGUGCUGUCGGGCUCAUCGCCGUCGCCUGCUUCGCUCAAAUUCUUCAUGUAACAGCCCAUUCCAAAGAGGAUUCGGACCUGACUUGGGCCCGGCGUAAACUAACCCAGCAGAUUGUAGAGGAGAACCAGACAUCCAGUACACCCAGAGCUGCUAUCCAUGAAUUUCCAGAGGACAUCUUCACUAAGGGACAGAGGAGGCAUGGGGCAAUUCUACUGCAUGUGUUUUGUGCAGUUUACAUGUUCUACGCCCUUGCUAUUGUCUGCGAUGUCUACUUUGUCCCCUCUCUGGAAAAAAUCUGUGAGAAUCUGCACCUCAGUGAGGAUGUUGCAGGUGCCACUUUCAUGGCAGCAGGCAGCUCCGCCCCCGAGCUUUUCACAUCUUUGAUUGGUGUGUUCAUCACCAAGGGAGACCUGGGGGUGGGAACUAUUGUGGGAUCAGCUGUCUUCAACAUCCUGGUCAUCAUUGGAGUUUGUGGAAUAUUUGGGCGCUGGGAACAAGUCAGGUGGGUGUUGUCAUGGCCCUUAGGCUGCCUUCUGUACUACUCUGUCCCAAACUGUGUUUUGCCUCGCUGGGAGCGCUGGUUCAUGGUUACCUUUGUGGCCUCAACACUCUGGAUUGCCGUGUUCUCCUACCUCAUGGUGUGGAUGGUCACCAUUAUCAGUUUUACACUAGACAUUCCAGAUGUUGUCAUGGGUAUUACAUUUCUAGCAGCUGGCACCAGUGUCCCAGACUGCAUGGCAAGUCUCAUAGUUGCCCGUCAAGGUAUGGGAGACAUGGCGGUGUCCAACUCGAUUGGCAGCAACAUCUUUGACAUUCUGCUGGGUCUUGGUUUCCCAUGGGCUUUGCGCACUCUAGUGGUUGAUUAUGGGUCAACGGUCUUCAUUAACAGUAAGGGGCUGCUGUACUCAGUGAUUCUUCUCCUUGCUUCUGUUUUUCUCACUGUACUGAGCGUGCACCUGAACCACUGGAGGCUGAACCGGAGGUUAGGCCUUGGGCUUAUGUUCCUGUAUGCCAUCUUCCUGCUCUGCUCCAUCUGCUUUGAGAGACUCUAGAUCCCGCUUUCCAUGUUUUGCAUAGCUGUAGGGUAGAUCUAGACCUAGAUAACCAUAUUUUAACCCCAGUCACUGCUUUAUUAGUAGCGGUUAUUUCAGCCAUGGUUUGAGGCCAGAGUAGUGAACGUUACAUUUUGAAGCGUGACUCUGCUCCAGCUUUAAGCCAAUCCCCUGUGAGACAGUGCUGCCAAACUCAAGGAGACAGUACUUCACACUGUACCUCUGAAACAUUUCUACUUAGCAUACAGAGCUUCUUUAAGAGAACAAAAAUCAGUUUCAAUUUCAAGGUGUGAUGAAUUUAUACAAGCGGUAUUAAAUGUUUACAGCACACAGGACACUUCCUCUAGCCUCGCCUUUUGCAUAUUUCUAUUCUGAAAUCUUAUAGUCACAAUCAAGCAUGAUACGAAGAAAAAUAUGACAUUGCAAAAGUGUGUUACUACUAAAAAGAGUUCUAUAAACUCUUGUAACAGAGAUCACUCAAUUUAUUGCAUUACUUUUCAUUAUUUAUUUUUGACUUUAGGUCUGUAAAAAUUUGUGCUUUAGGAUUGAAGGAUUUUCCUGUUUCAGUAUAUUUAAGAGCAGUUUGUUCAUUUUUGUGUUGUUCCUUGAAAAAGAAAAUAUUCUGGUAUUUUGGAAAGCAUUUCUUGUAGUAUUACUGAUUAACCAAAAACAUCCCCUGUCUUUGGUAAGUGUUUACAUAUCAAACAUACAUAGUUUUAUAUAAAGUCCCGCUUUAGAGGUGUCUGCUGCACAUUUUGAUUUGUUGUAAUGAAUUACUUUUGUGCCCUGCUACAACACUAUGAUUAUGAACAUGAGAAAGUAACAAUCAAUUAAAUCUUUAACAAUGUGUAACCAUUAUUCACAAAUAACUGCUUUAUACACUGGCCUUUACCAUGUUAAAAGCACCAAAUGAAGAUGUUGGGAAUCUCAAUAU